GGCGGCAGCCAUGACGCAGCGCGUUCGCCGCGGCGCUCGGUGUCGGCGCGGUCUCCGCUCGGGCCUGUGACGCGCAGGUGCGCGAGGGGCCGGCGCGCGCCUCGGUCACGUGGGUCCCGCCGCCGCUGCUGUCGCCGCUCCCGCGAGUCCCCGCUCCGCCGCCGCCGCCCCCCGUGGUUCCUCCUCAUCCCUUUCCCCCUUUCCCUUACCGCCGCAUGUCGGUGGCGGCGCGCCCCGCUCCCCGCCAGCCGCCCAACGACAGCCACCGCCGCCCUUGAUGUGGUUCGGAGCCCCGCGGGGGAGAAGAUGCCGCCGUCCAAGUCCCGCAAGAUCGCCAUCCUGGGCUACCGGAGCGUGGGAAAGUCUUCACUGACAAUUCAGUUUGUGGAAGGACAGUUUGUUGAUUCAUACGAUCCAACCAUAGAGAACACUUUUACAAAACUGAUCACAGUAAAUGGCCAAGAAUAUCACCUCCAGCUGGUUGACACUGCUGGCCAAGAUGAAUACUCCAUAUUUCCUCAGACGUACUCCAUAGACAUCAAUGGCUACAUUCUUGUUUAUUCAGUCACGUCAAUAAAAAGUUUUGAAGUGAUAAAAGUUAUCCAUGGCAAGUUAUUGGAUAUGGUGGGAAAAGUCCAAAUACCCAUUAUGCUGGUUGGAAAUAAAAAAGACCUGCAUAUGGAACGGGUGAUCAGCUAUGAAGAAGGGAAAGCUUUAGCAGAAUCCUGGAAUGCAGCUUUCUUGGAAUCUUCUGCUAAAGAAAAUCAGACUGCCGUUGAUGUUUUUAAGAGGAUAAUUUUGGAGGCAGAAAAAAUCGAUGGGGCAGCUUCACAAGGGAAGUCUUCGUGCUCAGUAAUGUAAUUCCACUGCAAAACCUGAAAACACUGGGAAUACAUUCUACCUGAAGAAGCAAAACUGCCCGUUACCUUUAAGGAUAAACUAUGCUUCUUUUUUUUAUUUUUUAUUUUCUUCUGUUAACCUGAAAGAUAAACAGUUGGUUUGGAGCCUUUCCCUUCAGAUUAUGUUAAACUCUGACUCCUGUGCAAAUGGCUUCACUUCCAUUUUCAAAUUUUAAGCAAUCAUAUUUUCAAUUUAUAUAUUGUAUUUCUUAAUAUUAUGACCAAGAAUUUUACUGGCAUUAAUUUUUCAGUGUAGUUUGUUGGUUAGAAUAAUCAUCAAAAUGAUGCAUAUUGUUACACUACUAUUAACUAGGCUUGGAUAUCAGUGUUUCUUUGUGUUAAAUGUAUACUUGUAAAUAAAAUAGCUGCAAACCUUAAAUGUCC